UUUUCCCCCUUCGCCCCGUCCAGGCGGUCCAGCUAAUCAGCUCCCCCUCUCCUCUCUCUCUCUCUCUCUCUCUCUCUCUCUCUCUCUCUCCUGGCGGCGACGACGGGGCGAGCGGGCACGGCCUUCGAGGUUCGACACGUCUUCGCCGGCGAGCACCCACCAGGUACGCCUGCCCGCUCUCUCCCCUUCCUGCUCUGCGAAACGGAGAGCCGCAAACCCUAAAGUAAGCUAUCUGUAUUCGGAUCUGACCCCCCAAUUACAGGUAUUUAUUAUGCAUUGAUUAUACCUACUAACUUCGAUUUUCCUGUUUGCAAAAAAAAUUAUCCGGUUACAUUUGGACACCCAUUUCCUAUACCGGGUCCGCCGCUGGGUUCGAUUGAACCCACCAUGGCUCACGCCCCUGCUCUGUAUUGAGCUCGCCCAUUCAAGAGUCACCGGCUCCUAUGGAGGACGCGGCGGGAAGCAUUCUUGCGUCCCUCGGCCGCGUGCGCCUCGUUGACCUUACGGCCUGCGAGGGUCUCCCUACGGACAACUAUAAGAUAUGUGUGUCGACCCUGAUGCAGUCCUUGGCUCAGUAUUCAGCAGCCAUCAUUCAGCUGCCUCCUGCUGAGGGUGCCUUGUUGAGGUCCGGCUUGGACUCUGCUGGCCUCUUCUUCCAUCAGCGAGGGUACAAUUCCGGCGAGGCUGUCCACUUGGAUGAUGCCCGCGAGUGGUGCAAGACCUCUGGUUACUAUGUUGAUCAUCAGAUGUGGCUGGAAACGUAUGAUUACAGGCCUGGUGUUACUGCAACAGAGCCCAAUGGUGCCAUGGAAUUGCCUCCAUCGGGCCUACCUGACAUAUUUGCAGUGCUGGGGAAAGUUUCAAGAGAUAUUUUGGAUGCAAUCAGUUUCUCAUUGAAUUUAAGGAGCUGUGCAUUUACUGACAUACUCGACAACAUACCCUUGAGAAGCCAGGAGGUGUCAUCUUCUGUUCUUUCAGCAUGUUGCCAUUCAAGGCCAUCAUUUGUAGGAGCACGGCAGCAUAGCAUUGCUUCUCAAGAUGAUGGCCAGUUGCUCAUAUUUUCUGACCAGGAUCAACAGAUGGAUAAGACUUUCCUUACCCUAGUCAGGUCAGAUAGAUCAGGUCUAUAUAUCAAAGACAUGCAUGGACACUGGAUUCUUGUUGAUGGGGAUCUUGGUCCAAAUGAUGUUGUUGUUUAUCCUGGCCUUGCGCUUUAUCAGGAAACUGCUGGCUAUGUGAAUCCAGCUGUAUGCAAGACAGAGGUUGGAAACUUGCAGGGAUGUAUGUUUGGGCGAUGUUCUUUGGUGUUCAAGCUCAUGCCUAAAUCAGUUGCAAGGCUGAGUGGCUCAGAGAUGACAGCUGCUGGCCACGGUGUUGAUGCUCAGUUUCAGGUCCCCAUACCAGUUAAUGAUUUCAUGCAGACAGGUCAUUAUGUUGAUCAACUUUUUCCCAAGGAUACUGAACCAUCAUCACAUGCAGAACAGGAUUCAGCAUCAUUUAACUCUCUGAUGAAGAAAAAGAAUGGAAGUAUAAGAACAAAGCCACUCCCUCCUUCUAAAAGACUUCGCCUAGAGGCGCAGAGGGUGCUCAAGGAGCGUGUUCAGGACAUUGCAGACAAGAAAGGCAUCAAACUGAGAUUUUGCAAUAUCAAAGAAUGUGAAAGCCACAUCCGGUCAUUGGAUAGUCCCUGUGAGAAUAUCAGAACUGAAAUUGGGUGGCCACAAGGGGUUCCUUUUGUCCAUCCACACGAUCUCCCAAACAAGGCAAAGCUUGGGUUUCUAGAAGCUUAUGAACCUGGAUGGACUGCCUCCCAGCAAGAAAUAGAAGUCGUUUUCAUUUUGGAGGUACAGCAUACAAGCAGGUCUGCUUGGUUUGGUUUAUAGGGAAAUAUAUAUUUUGCAUAUAUGCAUAUGAGGGAAAUAUUUUGCAGCACAACAUGGGGUUGUGAGCCUCUGAAUUUGCCACGUUUCCAAGCUAUCCAAUUAGGUGCAUACGUCUUGCAGAAGCAACCUGAGACCAGGUUUUUCUUUGUUUUGUCAGCCCCUUGCAUUGUGAUGCACAUUCUGUAAAGUGUAAACUCCUUGUAGUUUCUGAUUCCCACCGUUCUGCUGUUUACAUUUCACCCCAGUCAAGUCAAUAGCUUUGACCCAUCUAUCGUCAGCCAUGGCCCCUGCACUUAAAGUUUGACACAAUCUCUCGAGCUACAAAGCUAUCAAGAUGUCCGGUCGCACUGUUGUGCACUGUUGUCAUGCAUUUUAACAAUUUUGCAUUUUCCGGUGCUUUUUUACAUGUUCCGCUGUACUAACAUA